ACAAAAGCUGUUUAUUCAGCGUAGUGAAGCCUCUCCUCCAGUGACAUCCAUUCAAAAAACGACUUUGGUCUCCUUCCCUGCAUACAGCCAUAGACUGUAUAAAAAUACAGCCAAAGCAGCAGCGGCAACAUUGUUACAUUGUUACGCUUAUUUGUCCAAAGGUUCUAGAGAGCCACGCGUCAUCACGGCUGAUCAGAACUCGUUCACGGAAAGACGGUUUUGUAAGUGUAUUCAGAACCCCCGAAAAGGCAUAAGCUCUUGCGGUGAAGAACCCUGCAGAAUGAAAGACGAAGAUACAGAGAAACAAACAGAGUCGAUGGGACUGAAAGAAGACAAGCAGCAUCAGUUUGAAAAACCUCAUCAUUUUAAAAAGGAAGAUGGAAAUGCAGUCAUUUCACAGACUGAACAGAAUUUUACACAAACACAAGCUGGAAAAACUGGAGCCAGAGGAUCUUUCACAUGCACUCAGUGUGGGAAGACUUUCUGUGAGAAAUCAAAGUUUAAUAGACACAUGACAGUUCACACUGGAGAGAAGCCUUAUACAUGCACUCAAUGUGGGAAGAGUUUCAGUCAGAAAACAAACCGUAACAGACACAUGAGAUCUCACACUGGAGAGAAGCCUUAUACUUGCACUCAGUCUGGAAAGGGUUUCUUUGUCAAAGAAGAACUAAAUGUGCACAUGAGAAUUCAACAAACAGAUUCAAUGGGACUGAAGGAAGACAAGCAUCAGUUUGAAAAACCUCAUCAUUUAAAAAAUGAAGAUGGAAAUGCAGUCAUUUCACAGACUGAACAAAAUUUUACACAAAAACAAGCUGGAAAAACUGGAGCCAAAGGAUCUUUCACAUGUACUCAGUGUGGGAAGAGUUUCAGCCGUACAUCAAACCUUAAGAGACACGUGAGAUUUCACACUGGAGAGAGGCCUUUUACAUGCACUCAGUGUGGAAAGAGUUUCGGUGAGAAAUCAGAGUUUAAUGGACACAUGAGAUCUCACACUGGAGAGAGGCCUUAUAAAUGCACUGAGUGUGGAAAAGGUUUCAGUCAGAAAUCAAACCGUAACAGACACAUGAAAGUUCACCCUGGACUGAAGCCUUAUACAUGCACUCAGUGUGAAAAGGUUUUCUUUGAUAAAGAAGAACUAAAUGUGCACAUGAGAUCUCACACUGGAGAACGUCUGUUCACAUGCACUCAGUGUGGAAAGAGUUUCGGUCAGAAAUCAAAGUUUAAGAGACACAUGAGAUAUCACACUGGAGAGAGGCAUUAUACAUGCACUCCGUGUGGAAAGAGUUUCUUUGUCAAAGGAGAACUUAAUGUGCACAUGAGAAUUCACACUGGAGAAAGACCGUUCACAUGCACUCAGUGUGGGAAGAGUUUCAGCCGUACAUCAAACCUUAAGAGACACGUGAGAUUUCACACUGGAGAGAGGCCUUUUACAUGCACUCAGUGUGGAAAGAGUUUCUUUGUCAAACAAGAACUUAAUGUGCACAUGAGAAUUCACACUGGAGAAAGACCGUUCACAUGCACUCAGUGUGCAUUGAGUUUUAAACAGCAUAAAACAUCAUGA